GUUUGGCGUUUCGCCAAUGGUUUCUUAUUUGGCGCCCAUUAAGGGGCUUGUUGCACUGGUCAGCGGCGGCGCCUCUGGACUGGGUGCUGGCACAGCGCGCCAUUUGAUCAGCCACGGUGCGAAAGUGGUCAUUCUCGAUUUGCCGCAGUCUCGUGGCGAAGCGUUGGCGAAGGAAUUCGGCGAAAAUUGCUUCUUUGCAGCGGCCGAUGUAACGCAUUCAUUCGGCCAAAUUGUUGUCGCUUGUCUGGUGCAUCCCGUGUGUGUGUGUGUGUGUGUUCUUGUGCGGUCGCCUGAGGAAGUUUCCAAUGCAUUUCGUUCUCUUGUCGAUCGAUUUGAACAGCUGGAUGCUGUUGUCAACUGUGCCGGAGUGUCCUAUCCAUUCAAACUGUACAAUUUGCAGAAGAAAAGGACUUGUGACAUGGAGCUUAUUCGAAAAACACUCGAUAUCAAUGUGAUGGGUACGUUCAAUGUGAUCCAGCAUGCACUGGAGACAUUUGCACUGAAAAACAAGGACAGUUUGGGCUUUCGUGGAGUUGUUAUUAAUACGGCAUCGAUCGCGGCCUAUGAUGGCCAAGUGGGUCAGUGUGUUUAUGCGGCAUCCAAAGGAGCCAUCGUAAGCGCGACACUGGCGCUCGCACGUGAUCACGCAGAAGACGGGAUCCGAUUUAUGACAAUUGCACCAGGACUUUUUGAUACGCCACUUCUGAGUGGACUACCUAAAAAGGUUCAUCAGCCUUUUUUUUUAAACAGACCGUAGCG